CGCCAUUACGGGAGUGAAAAACACAAUUUAACCAAAAUAUCAAAUAUUUUGAUAAAAGCGAGUGAUUAUGCCUUAUCAACGAGGUGGUGGUAGGCAGUCUGCUGUAGUGAAUUGUAAUAAUAACCAGAAAAAGCUGUACGACGGGGAAAACUCGCCAUGUACACUGCAUAAUGAUAUAAAAGGGAAGGAAUGUCCGUGUCUGACGCCAUUCAAAUUUCAUUGCAUUCCCAUAUCUGGCGAACGGCGUCUUCAGUGGCUAAAAUCAAUAAAUAGGAAAGGAUUUGACCCUCCUUCAAAAUCAGUCGUCUGCUCAGUGCAUUUCAUUGAUAGACGACCGACUGAACAGAAUCCUAUCCCAGUGUUGCAGAUGGGUUAUGAACAUUUAAAUAAAAAGAUAAACAAAUAAAUAGUCUAUAUAUAUUAUA